UACAUAAGCUGAGGGAAUAACUAUCAAAUACUGGUCAACAAAUACAUGUGUGCGCUUUCGAAUAUGGGUAUAUUUCUCGUGUUCACUUUCAAAGGGGCAAAAUAAUGUUUUUUUCACUUUCUCAGUUAAAUUCUGAAAUGGGAAACAACUCCUCAUCAUCUUCGGGCAAAAACUACAGUGGAAUUGCAGAAACGCCAGAAAGGGCGAAUUUCACAUUGCAUGGACCUAAGCAUUUGCCUCGCAACUGGUGCAUCUCUCACUCUCUGUUCAUGAUUUAAAUGUAGAAUUAGCUAAAUCUGUCUUUCUUAUUGCACCUGCUUUAUUUUUUUGCUCUUGGUGCAGGUGGCAACAUGAAGAGCAUCAGUCUGCGGUCGCCGCCUGCUUCAUUAAUGGUGUUUACGUCCUGGAACAUGAUCGCCGAGAGCGUCCAACCGGCAUGUUUGCAUUGGCACCACCAUGGUGGGAGUCUUUCGGCUAUGUGUUGUUGGAAAAGCUCAUCAGCCCUGAUGACGGUGGCAUCUUUGGAGCCGUCUACCAGCGUACCAUCCGCCUGGACGCGCCGAAAACUCCGUUCAGGGUGUUGGCAUUCCGAGGUAUGGUCACGGACUGCGACCGAAGAACAAUAAAGUUGAACAUGCCGUUCGGCAGCCUCGCCUGGUUCAACAACUUCAAAGUUGCCGUGGCAGCCGUGCACCGCCUCUCUCUUUUAUGCGGCCAAGAAAACAAGAUUUGGCUAUGCGGCCAUUCCGUUGGUGCUGCAAUCGGAUUGCUUGUCGGAAAAAUCAAGGCAAAAGGUGGAAUUUACUUGGAUACUUUUCUCUUCAAUCCGCCCAUCGUUCUGGACCACUUGGGGAAGGGUCCUCAAGCCUUGUUCAAAAACACUAUGGACAUCAAUCCCGUGGGCUUCUUUGCCUGGUACUUGUUUGUGAAUGCUGAGAAUGAAGCAGUUUCGUCAGGUCAGACGGCCUUCCAAAAUCUCGUCAAGUGGCAGCCACGGUUCUUGUUGAAUCCGGGAGACUUCAUUUGCAGUGGCUACCUCAAAUACUACCAUCAGCCAGAUAUGGCGAAGAUACAGCCUUACCCCACGGCCGAUCCUUAUGACGCAGAGGUUCGCCUGCCUUUCGUGACUCCAUCCGCCUGUCUCAUCCUCAAUAUGGCAAGAAAGGGGGCGGGUGAGUGCCAUGGAAUCAAACAGUGGUGGGAUGUUGACUUGAUUCUGGCAUACAAACACGGUUUCCGUGCAGAGAGAGUGCGUCCACCACCACCAUAUGUGCUCUACCGUUAGCACCUAAUGAAUAAAUAAGUAUG